AUGUAUCAGUUAUGGAUAUUGCUCUUAUUUGUCACUUCGCAAAUAAAUGGCGGAAAUUUGGAUUUAUCACGAAUGCGCAUUUGUCAGCUAAGAUGUAUCGCCAAAUGUGUCAUCGAUGAUGAGAAUGAUAAAACUGGAGAUAAGGAAUUUUGUUGGAAGACAUGUGGUAGUAAUUUAAAUGAAGAAUCAAAACCGGAGAUACCUAAACAUAUUGAAUGGGCCUACACACCAUACUAUUCCAUCAAUAUUACAUGGAAUGGUAAUGGAACAUUGUAUUUGUUGGAAAUGGCGAGAAAAUCUCGCGACAAUGAUAACAUUCAAGAAAUUCCUCCGACAUCACCCGAUAUUGUAAAAAAUCUUACCGUUCAAUCUAUGGAAUAUAUUAAUCAGUCAUUUAGUGAAAAUGGUUACUAUUCUAAUGGAACAGUCAAAUUAAUUUUACAAUAUCCAUCACCGAAAUACACUUGGCCAUUGGGUGAAAAAGACAUAAAGGUGGAUUUACUCUUUCAUAUGGUAAGCUGUAACAUUCCUGAUUUGUCGAAAGCAGUACCAGCGCCGGAAUUUGAGACAGGUGAGGAAUCGAGAACUUUAGUUGCUAAAUUUGGCGCGGAUUUGAUGUAUCGUAAAUGUCAAUUUUUGUAUUAUGUUAGUGGAGUUCAGAGUCAUCGUUGUGGUACAACGAAAACAAACAAUGAUUUCAAUCAAAAUUCGAUGAAACCAUUAAAAAUAAAUUGUGCCACUGUACAAAAUAGCCCAUGUAAUGAUAAUCCGUUGGUGUAUCAUCCGCCGAUGUGUGGUCAAGUGGAAGGAUUCAAUUAUCAUAUUCUUAAUGAUUACAUAAAUCCAGAUGAUAUGAACAGUAAUAUCACUGUCAAUGUGACAUUUCGUUCCAUGCUAAUGAAAAAAAAGCCACUUUAUUUUAUGGCUUUUUAUGGUGAUGCUAAACCAUUUGAUCGAGAGAUUGAUGUAGAACUGCUGGGUGUUGAAAUGCGACAGAUUUUGGGUAAUGCGACAAACUGUCCGAAAUUUAAUCAGAAUGGAACAUGUGCGGUUAAAUUGAACCUUAUAAAUGCAUCAAUAAUAAUAACAAAUUUGCGAAUGAACAAGCUUUAUGGUGUGACAAUAUGCGCCAUUAUUGAUCCGCAUAAUGUGACACAUCCGGAAGUGAACGGUGUCGCAUUGGGGAUGAAAUCAAAAGCCAAUAAAAUAUUCAUUGAUUCUGCAGGCUUGUUGACAGGAAUUAUUGCUGGCAGUACAGCAACUGUUGUGUUACUUCUUGUUAGCAUAUUUAUUUGGAUUCAACGAAAACAAAAUGCUAAAAUUAAAAUACAUCAGCUAAAACUCGAGCAAAUGAAAUACAACAACGAUUUAAGAUAUACCAAUUUGCCAAAAAAGCAAGAUAUAUGGGAAUUAGAGCGUCGAAAUCUUAUCAUUUAUGAUGAUCAGAAGCUUGGUUCGGGUGCAUUUGGAUCGGUUUAUAAAGGUCGAUUGAUUGGUAUUGCGAAAGGUAACAAGAAUGCUCAAUCUACCUUAGGUAUCAACCUGAUGAGAGCUGAAAAUUGCGACGUUGCUGUGAAAAAGUUGUUAGAAUAUGCUGAUCAACUAUCAAAAAGUGAAUUUCUCAAUGAAAUUUCAUUAAUGAAAACGUUGGGUUAUCAUGAACGAUUGGUCAAUAUGUUGGCAUGCAUUACAGAAACAGAACCAUACUGUUUGAUUGUUGAAUAUUGCUCGGAUGGUGAUUUGUUGCAUUUCUUGAAGAAACGAUGUGCUUAUAUGAUGAAGCUCACUGAAAUGGGUAUCGAUUAUGGUGGAUCGAAUUUGGAUGAAAAGAUAAAUUCAGAUUUGGUGAUAACGCUAAAGCAAUUAUUGAUGUUUGCUGUGCAAAUUAGUUAUGGCUUAGAAUAUCUUAGUCAGAAAGGCUUUGUGCAUCGAGAUGUAGCGGCACGUAAUAUAUUGGUGCAUGAUAAGACUAAUGCGAAAAUUGGUGAUUUUGGCUUAUGUCGAUACAUUUAUCGUGAUUCGGCCAACUACAAAAGUAGGGGUGGUCGAUUGCCAGUAAAAUGGAUGAGUCCGGAAGCUAUCAAAUAUUAUGAAUUCACUAUGCAAUCAGACGUUUGGUCAUUUGGUAUAUUAAUGUUUGAAAUUAUUACACUUGGUGGUACACCAUAUCCAGGUAUACAACCUGAUGAUAUGUUGGAACAUUUGGAUGCUGGUGGACGAAUGGAUCAACCGGAUAACUGUCCCAAUAACUACUAUGAAGUGAUGCGUAAUUGUUGGGCACAUGAACCAUCGUUAAGACCUGAUUUUGGAACAAUUCGACAAAAAUUGGCCAGUCAACUAGAAGAUAUUACAGACCAAUAUUCAUAUCUAAAACUUGAUAAUCAACGAGAUUAUUACAAUGUGGUAUAUGAUACAGAUGUUUUGGUAUGA